UACAGAAUCUUCGUCUCACCAGCUGGGCCUUCGCCGCCGCCUUUGAGCGUGCUCUCUUCCGCGUCUACAUCCUUAGCAGUUCACAGCGUUUAAAGGACUUGAUGGCCCCACGACAAAAGCUUUCGCCUUUUCUGAGACAUGUCCGUCAUCUCUAUGCACGCAACCUUAUCGGUGAUAUUCUAAAAAAAAAACUCGUCAUAGUGGUGGGGAUCAAAAGAUGAAUAUUUCACUGAGAAUGUCUUAGAUGGGUUGGUGAGUUCUUCGAUGGAUCCAUAUCCCAAUCUCCUCAGAUCCCUGUCUCAGUACGCACCCCGUCUCACCGUCCUCGAUCUGUAUUGCAACAGUGGAUUAGGGAUCGAGCAUGUGCCGUCUGAGCUCCGUAGAUUUCGUGGGCUUAAGGAGCUCAGUCUUCGUAACCUUUCGGAUUAUUGGGACGAAUACGUCGAAGCCAUCACCACGGUUCUGAUCAACUCCCCCAACAUGGAGACGUUGCGCUUGAUGACCACUGAAUGGGGCCCAGAUGCAGAAAUAGACCCAUGCUAUGAAUCGCCAGGCCAUUGCCUCUAUGGGAUACUGCCUUUUAUCUGCGAGAGAUUUGCGCAGGAAAGCAAAGGAGGCUGGGGGUCUCUGGACGGCCACGAACGGGCGAAUAUACCACGUCUCAAGCUCCAAGAAGUGACCGUUGAUCAUCACUCGAUGAUUCGGUUCCUCCUCGAUAUCCCCGAUCCGGAUCUCCCUGAAGACUCGUUGAGAUACACUGGCAAUCGCCAGAAACCUCUCUAUUUGGAGAAACUCACCGAUCUUCAAUAUCUCGAACGGUUGCAUGUCGAGAUGAUGCCAGAGUGGACCAAAGCUCAGCGCCUUGAUAUCAUCCGCCUACCGAAUUUCACUCCGGUCAUCGCCCCGCGACUGCGAUCACUGACCAUAUCACCAGCCUGUACUCAAGAGUCCCGCAGAUGGCACGACUGGGUUAUCGGAAACAACUUUCUUGAAUACGCUUGUCAAGUCUCGCUAGGUAGACUCGAACAUUUUAUCCCAAAUUCGCGGGCCGAGAACCUCAUUUUCGACUGGACCGACCGCGUCAAUUCCCAUGACAGCCUGUACACACUGCUUUAUCUCCUAAAGCAGCCGGACCCCGCAAAUUCCCUCCGACGACUUGAACUCAAUACGCCGGGCGAUUGGACGAAGCUGGUCCCCUCCCUCAAAGACACCUUGUCGCAUCUUCGGAAGCUCAAAUAUUUCCAUUUUCACCUGGCAGAGUACUAUCCUCCACUCUGCCUCUCGUUGGAGGUUCUAGAGCGCCAAAAGUAUUUCGAAAAUAUGGUGGCUCUUGCAGAAGACUUCUUCGAGGUGCAACCGAGCCUUGACUUUGUAGAAGUCAACCACUUUCUGUACCAGGUCGUUCGAUGGGGACCUGGCGCCCGUGACUUUCACAUGGUCGAGAUCUUGGAUCGGGAACGGGAGUGGGUUGCACCAGAAGACACCCCGUGGCAAGGGCCAGAGAAGGACGCCGUGCCUUUCAGAAUGAUGUUAUGAAUGAUACCUGAGAGAAUGAUAUUCUCACGUCCAUGAAGGAGCAAUUCGAGUUUAAUUGGGAGUUGCUGUCUGCUCAGAACUCGGAAGGGGUUCAGUUUAUCCGACGACGGGGUAGGAACACGAGCAAUUCAGCCUAUAGAAGCGGUGAAACCAAGGACACGUCGAAUGAUAAUACCAAAGACUUGA